CAUCAAGUUCACAUGAUCGCCAAACGCAAUGCAGCCACUAUCGGGCCUCUCGGAAAAUGACAGGCCUUCCAAAAUUCUGUCCCAAAUCUUGUGCUGACGACUGGGACUAUCCACGUAAGGCGGCCCGGCUUAUACUUUCACUGUUCCUCAUUACCUACCCAGCAGCUCUCAGUAGGUAUCCACAACAAGAAAAGAAAAGAUCAGGAAUCAGCACUCGGCUAUUCACUAUAACCUCCCUUCACCAAAAACACCAAGUCAACUUUGGAGUCAUGAUCCCCUGGAUAAACCUCGAAUUCUGUACGGACAUUCUCUAUCUACCUACCGCCCUUCCCCCCAAAAAUUCCCCAUCUGCCUCGAACAAUACCACUCCGAAUGACUCCAUCUACACUUUCCAUACUUGCCAGCCAUGAUCAGUACUAUACCGCACAUACACCAUUAGCAACCAUAUUUCCUUGUUAAACCUC